AUGGACAAGACGCUGCGAACUACAGUUCUCAUUUUCCGAUCACUCACGGAUUUCCUUUUGCUUACUCAUAUCGUUGCUCAAAUUCUUGAUCGGGUGCACACCGACUACGAAAUCCCUCCUCAGCUGGGCUCCAAACCCGGUUUCCACAAGGAGUUUGACUCCGAUACCGAGGAUCGCUCCGAUUACUGGUUCUUUGUCAGCUCUCUCAUAAUCAAGUGUCUCGCUGUUCUUCCAAUCCCACAGGUUGCGAUACUGGUGGGCUUUUUCAGAUUGGGAGGAACUGAUUUCAGUAUCACAAGAAAAUUUCUGAACAUGUCUCUUGUCCUCCAAUAUCUACCUAGGGUUAGUCAAAUCUACCUAUCCAGGAGUAAAUUUAGCAUGGGCGGAAAAUGGGCUAGACCUGCAUUCAAUUUGUUUCUCUAUAUCCUUGCAAGUCAUGUACUUGGUGCGUUAUGGUAUUUUUUUGCCAUCGAACGAGAGACAUCAUGUUGGCACAGGGCUUGUAGAAAAACAGCAGGAUGUAUAGCUAGUGCUUACAAGUGCAGUGUGAGCGUAUUUAUGCAGUCCGCAACUACAAAUGCCUUGGAGUCUGAAAAAUUGAGGCAGAUAAAAAUUGCAGAAAACAAAGGAGAAAUUGUGAAGUGGAUGAAAAGUAAUAAUCUCCCUGAUGAUACGAAGGAAACAAUCAAGACAGCCAUAAGAGAAUACAAAGUUCUGGAAAAAAAGUUAAUAAUUGAUGUGGAUGUGAAAUAUUUUGUUAAUGAUACGCCAUUCUCUAUUCGUAUCAAACAACCUAUUUUGGAGCACCUUGGACUAGAUUUGUUAAAAGGAGUACCUAUAUUUGCCAACACUCCAGAUGACAAGUUGAGAAGUUUGUGCCACCUUAUGAUUCCAGUGACUUACAGCAGGAAUGCUGCUUUUGUUAAUGCCGACCAGCCACUUGAUCAGAUGAUCUUCAUUAUACGAGGUGAAAUUGAAUUUGUAGGGACAACAGGUGAUCCUUCAUAUCGCAGGCGUGAACACAAAUACCUCGGAAAAGUUCUUGAAAGAUGGAUGGCGUUUAACUUCUUAAAGAGGUCUUAUUGUGACCCUCUUCCUAAUUUGGCCGGCGGAUAUAUCAAAGCUUGUGAUCUAGCAGUUGAAGCCCUUGCUCUCAAGGCCUGGGACAUAUUGCGUUUUGCCGAGCAGACUUUCGAUGUCAAAUCUCCACAUUUGAUAGCGCUUGCGUCUGCUCACAAGAGUACCGUUGAUCAUGAGACAAAAGAGGAUCCGCUUAUUCGUAGCGUGCUACCACUGCUAUGGGAACCUCCAGCGGUUGGCUGGGUGAAACUCAACUGCAGUUAUGUCUGGAAUCCGGAUUCUAAGUGGGCAGCUUUCGGUUGUGUAUUGAGGAACGAUAAAGGAGAACUGAUUAAUGUAGCAAGUGUUGGCAAUAAUAAUCAUAAGUAUAUUGACAAGUUUCAUGCGGGAGCUUCCUGUAUAUGGUCCUUAAUGAAGUUCUCUGUGCAACUUGUAAAAACUGGUCAGAUCAUUGUGGAGUCUGAUGACAAGUUCCUCAUCGAUUUCCUGGAACAAGGGCCUAUGCGCCCGGACGAAAGAGUGCGAGGCAUCCUUCGUCCUGUGCUUCAAGAUAUUGCCAGUGAGGUUUCAAAGUUCAAGGUUUGUAAAUUUGCGCACUGUAAGCGCCAAACUAAUGCAGCAGCGGUUCGCGUAGCAGAACAUGCUGUUCAUGUUACUGAGCCUAAAACUUGGAAAAAGCCUGAAGAAAUACCUGAACUGGUUGAUGCCCUGAAGAAGGAUAGUCCGCAUCUAUACAAGAGUUUACGAGAGCAAAAAUUGGCUGAUCAGAAGGUCAACAUCGACAGUGGCUCGUCUACUUCGGCUGUUGGUGCUGCUCUUAGCUCUAAGGAAACAAUUGUUGAAGUAAAAGAGUCGUAG